CUCGAAAACUGCCCCACUUUGAAACACUGUGCAUUCCGUACAGACAGUUCACUCAAAAGCAAUUGUGCGGCUUUUAUCCUUGACGUGUUUCUACAGACGCUGCGAGUUCCUGGCUCUUCCAUUGCCUAACCGACCACUUAUCACCAAAGAUCAACGCUAGAUAUUCAUCAUGGGGCGCCAAUUCUUCGUCGGAGGAAACUUCAAGAUGAACGGGACGAUCAAGUCCAUCCGCGAAAUCAUUCACAACCUCAACAACGCUAAGCUGGACCCAAACACCGAGGUUGUCAUCGCCCCUCCUUCGCUAUACCUCCUUCUUGCUCGCGAGCACCUCCGCAAGGGCAUCGAGGUCGCCGCCCAAAACGUCUUCGAUAAGCCCAACGGCGCGUUCACGGGCGAGAUCAGCGUGGAGCAGCUCAAGGACAGCGGCAUCACAUGGACGAUCCUCGGCCACUCUGAGCGUCGCGUGCUGCUCAACGAGGACGACGCCUUCGUGGCGACCAAGACCAAGGCCGCGCUCGCGGGUGGGCUUGGCGUCAUCCUGUGCUGCGGCGAGAGUCUGGAGCAGCGCGAGAAGGGCGUCACGGUCCAGCACGUCACGAGUCAGCUGAAGGCCGUAGCGGACAAGGUCAAGGACUGGAGCAAGAUCGUCAUCGCGUACGAGCCCAUCUGGGCUAUCGGCACCGGCAAGGUGGCGACGACGGAGCAGGCGCAGGAGGUCCACCAGGCCAUCCGGGAGUGGCUGAAGACCGACGUCAGCCCCGAGGCGGCGGAGAAGACGAGGAUCCUGUACGGUGGCAGCGUCAACGCAAAGAACUGCAAAGAGCUUGCCAAGCAGCCUGACAUCGAUGGAUUCCUGGUCGGCGGAGCCAGCUUGAAGCCGGAGUUUGUGGAAAUCAUCAACUCGCGUCUAUAGAUACUACCAGCAAUCUUUUCACAUCCAAGUGCAUUGGUUAUUGGGAACUCGGAAUGACGAGUGGAGCGCUACGAGGUCAUGCAUAGAGUAAAAGGACGCCAAAGAUUGGGUCAGUCGAGAAAAGUAUUUAAGAAAACGAAGAAGAAUAACAUGUGCAUUGCUGCUCCUCAUGUUCUGUAUAUGGCAGAGUACUGUAACUACCGUUCACUGUUGAUCGAAGUAGGCCCCUUCAAGAUGCAAUGAAGACGAUCAGUUUCCCGCUCA